AUGGCUUCCAUGGAAUUAUAUGACCCAAGCUUACCACCGUACUUCUCUCCAAUGAUCAACCUGGCCGCAAAUGGCUCUCCUUCCCCGGUUCCUCAAAACCCGCCCAUGUUCACUUCCGAAGGCUUCAGAGUGUUAGGCCUUGGUCCGCCGGUGUUAUUCGAGUGUGCUGUCAAUUUUACUAUCUAUUGUAGCGAGAAAACCAAACACAAUGCGACAAACUGGGUAGCGGUCCGACCCAAAUCCAAGCUUUCAGUUACUUUCAACACUCGCGACAACGUCAGUCUAUCCGGCUUCCAAAAAAUAAUUGCUGAUAAAUGCAAUGAGCAAUACAACUGUCUUGGUCAAAUCAUCCACGAGGGUACUAUUGGCUCACCGUCUACGAUCACGUGGAAAGUCUAUAUCCUUAGCAACAAGAAUUUUCCAAGAAAGAAUUCCCAUCACCUGUUUGAUGAACUUUCCUUCAACCAAUGGAUCACUGAGAUAAACACCUCCAAACAAACAAAAGGCGGGGUCGUCAUAUUGAUGGACAAUCCUCGGAAUGCGGCCGUCCACGCUCGCAAAGAAGAUUUGGUUGCAAAAACAAUCAAGCGGAUGGAAGCUUGA